AUGGAGACACCUCCUCAGACGUCUCGCCUGAGAAAGAACGUGAUGAUCGGCCUAAGGCGGGAGAUGAAGGGCCUGGGGAAGUCCUUAAAGGGGUGGGGGGUCGCCAUGCACAGGACUUCUGUAAAGGCUUCCAAAGAGAAGGUGCUGAGCAAGGGUUUGCUUUUAGAGUGCCGGAAUAAAUCAAAGCUGGGCAUUCCCGAAGCACUUGCUCUCCUGGAGAAGGACCCCACGCCUAAAAUCCAGUGGAAAUUUUAUGGACUUUUCUCUGCGUUCCUGUUGUAUGUUUUUGGGCACAGAGGGGGUGUCUUCCAGAAUAUGACCAUCCAGGAGGUCAUGGAGACAAAGCGGUCAUCGACGGAGAACACCUUUCUCAUAAAUAUAAAGACCCAAGGGACGAAUGAGAUGUAUGGCCCAGCGCAAAUUGUUUUGAUGGAGGAGGAGGAGUACGAGUGGGCGUUACGAUUCCUGCGUCUAAAGGACCAACUUCCGGGCGGCCUAGGAGCUAAAUUCUUUUUCUUUGUGUCAACGCCCAACCCUUGCAAGAACUUGAACAAUUACUUUCAAGAGGCAUGGAAGGCAAUGGGCCUGCCAGGAUGUCCGACCUUCACAGACGUGAGAACGUCCAUCGCCAGUCACGCCAAGUUCACGCAUGCUCCUGAGAACCGCCUGAAGCUUUGCAAAUUUAUGUGCCACGAUGUCCGCAUGGCGGACAAAUUUUACGUCACCAACCUCACUGCAAAGUAGGCAGUUGAACACAGAAGGCUGUUUGAGGCAGCACUGGAGGGUCAGGAGAGGUAGCCAGCAUCGAAAGACAUACCAAAACGCAGACGCCAGGUCGCCUCAAAGGAUCACCCUCAAAAAAAGCAUAAACUGUUGGAGCCCGAACUCCGCUCUGGCAGCACCACUCCCGAGGAUGACCAAAUGACUUACCAGGAGUCGGGUGUGUCUAGCUUAGAGGACAGCCAGGGUGAAUCUGAGCCAACCAAACCCAGCCAAGACGUCGAGGCCGAGAGAAGAGGCGAGGAAGAUGAGGCGUCGGAACACGGACCGUUGAAAAGGCAAAGGAGACCGAUCGUCCUAUUGACGCCCAUGAAGUCGGCCUUAAGAAAAAACAUUUAAUUCUCUCAGCUGUACCCGCUGAAAGUGAAAAAGACUGUCGUCACAAUGUCUCUGACACUUGUUGGAAUGGGGCGACAAAGACAUGAAAGGAAAAGCGCAAAGGACUUAAUGGAUAAAUGGAGGAAGAAAAACAAGUGAACUUUUGAACUUGUUUUUUUAGUUCCUUCAUUUCAGGUGCCUUUCCAGUUUUUUGAGUGUGUUUUGUACAUGCAUAUGCUUAUACCGUACUGUUUUACACAUUUAUUCUUUUUUAAA